CCUCGCCUCCGGUCUGGCGCGCUCGCCUGCUUGUACCAGGUCACGAACCCGGACCGGAUCAGCAGGAUGUCGCCCGGGCGGAACUCGGUGCCCUGCCACGCCGCAACGGCCUCGAGGUCCUUCUCCGAGAUGCAGUGCCGCUCGAUGGGCGAGUAUUGGAUGCCCUGGUGCGCGGCCCAGGACAGGUAGUCGAGCAGGAUGCCCCGGCCAACGAUGCCGCCUCGCCUCGACCACUCUGGGAGAUCGCGUCAAUCCUGACAUUCAGCUGUCCUGAGGCAUGAGGGUGAAAUGUGGUGGAAUCUCCAAACUUACCAUCGAUUCCGUUCCGGGCUUCAGCAUCCGGGUCUGUGAUUUCUUUGUGCGUCACGCCGUUGUAAUACAGCCCGGUCGGCUGAUGCGCCCAGUGUCCUGUUUUCGGGGGAAACAACUCCUCGGUCAGCUACCGCAAUCCCAUGCCAUGAGAAUCACUCCACUCUUCGAAAGACAGGAGGGCCGCUGUCUGGCAAGGCCAGGGCAGGAAACUGAUGAUGACAGCACUCACGAAAGCCGUCCCAUUGACUCCCGCUCUGGGUGUUCAUCCACACCUCGUCGUCAUGGCCGAUCCACUCGCUCCCGUCCUGGGCCUCGGCCAAGGUCAUGAUCUUGUGCCGCGGCGGCCGCCGGUUGGAGUGCGGCGUCUGGCAGUUGUCGAGGGACCAGUUGAUCGCGACGCUGACGCCAUGCUGGAUCUCCGAC